AUGGCUUCCAGAGUGCUGCGCGAUGUGACCAACUACAAGCGAUCUCAGCUGGCCGACCGCCGUAAGACCUUCGAGGAGCGCAAGACUGAGCUUCUCGCUCAAACUCAGAAGAGCAAUGAUCCCAUUCUGACGCUCAUCGAGGGCUUGAAGAAGCUCGGUCUGAAGUCGACAACUGCACAGACUUCAAAUGGCGGGUUCUCACUCUCCAACACCCGUCAAAUGCUCACACAGUCUACCUUUGAUGCAUCUAUCCCUUCGGCUCUUCCUUCAGCUUGGCAAGCCGAUCUUGAACGUCUUCUUGCCAUCCAGUCUAACAGAUUCGAGUACACGGACUUGUUCUCACGCCUUGCCACCGAAUGGGUCGACAAGCCCAACGACGCCAACCUUCUUCUCGAUACCCCUUUCGGCGGUGAUAGCACUGCAGACUCCUCGGAUGCCGAGAGCUUCGAGUCGGUGCAGGUCGGUCGCGAAGAGAUGCACCGCCAGCGCCAGGAGUGGGACUCGUUCGUCUUCACAGAACGUCAGACAGACACGGAUGCUAUUGAGAGCUACCUCACGAACCUCUUCGUUGAGCCUCAGCAGAAGAAGAAGGUUCGCGAAACUGAUUUCGAGCAACUUCAAAAGGCUUUCAACGAAUGGACUGUCACAGCUACUUGCUCCAACGACGAUGUCGAGCUAGCCAUCAAAGCUGUACUCAAAGCCGAUCUGCUGGCUGGCCGUAAGCGAGACGAGCUGAUUGCACUCAGCAAUGCUGGUAAAGGCGUGCUUGCCGAGGUCGCCGAUGUCAUCAACAUGGAGAUCGCCAAUCUGGACGAUUGGUCUUGGAAGCCCUCGCCAACCCCUGCUCAGAUGAGAAAGCAGAUGAACGGAAAGUACAGAGUCUACAUGGACCCCGAGAUUCAUCAAGCUCUUCUUGUGCAGUACAUUGGCAUUCGCUUCGCAGUGUCUACCAAAGACACCUUCAAGUCCUUCCUUCGCUCCAAGGCAUGGCCAAAGUCAGCCCAUAGCUCCAUGUCUUCGAAAGACCAUGCUCGUUUCGCCUACUAUCUUGGUGAGAGAAAGGUUAGGCUGUUUGGCAAUUCAGUUCUUCACACUCGUCGAGAGCAAUUUAAGGACGACUUCUUCUUGAUGCAGCUUCCUGACAAGCUUGAAGAAGGUUGCCGUGACUACAACGCUUCUGACGCCUCGGAUGAGGAAGACUCUGGCAAGAAGUCACCCCUUGAAGUCAAGCAAACUCUUCUCCGUUUGGCUACUACUGAAAUGAUGGUCCAGCGGAAGAUCUACGGAAGUUUCACCCUUUGUCAAACCGACUUCAAGUGGUUUGGCCCCAGCCUUCCUCACAGCACCAUCUUCACUGUUCUGGACUUCCUCGGCGUUCACGACUCGUACAUCGGAUUCUUCAAGCAAUAUCUCUCCAUGUCCCUGGUCUUUCCUCAAGACGGUCACAGUUCCGAGCCUCGUACACGUCUUUGCGGUGUCCCUAUCAGUCAGACACUCAGCGAUGUGUUUGGUGAGAUAAUACUCGCUUGUCUCGACUUCGCUGUCAGCAAGGCAACCAAGGGUCGUUGUCAGCUCUACCGCUUCCACGACGAUGUCUGGUUCUGGGGUCAGAAGGGAGACUGUGAGGUGGCUUGGGAAGCUAUCAAGAAGUUCACAGAUGUCAUGGGUUUGGCCUUGAAUGGAGAGAAGACUGGCUCAGUUCACAUGAGCGACAAGGGCGGGAAGGCUUCGAACACUCUGCCCAAGGGCCCUGUGAGAUGGGGUUUCCUGGUCUUGGACCCUUCAGCCGGACGCUGGAUCGUUGACAUGGCCAAUGUUGAUGAGCACAUUGCUGAGAUGCGCCUUCAGUUUGCGCAAUGUCGCUCGGUGUUCUCCUACGUCCAGGCCUGGAACAGCUACAUGGGCCGCUUUCUAGGCAACAACUUUGGCCAUCCCGCCAACUGCCUUGGCAUUGAGCAUCUCGACAUGGUUUUCGCCACUUUCAAGUACAUUCAGAAAAAGCUCUUUGUAGACGACAACAACACUACUGGCUGCGAAGACGUCACCUCCUACCUCAAAUCCAUCAUCGAAGAGCGUUUUGGAACCAAGGACAUCGCCAACGUCUUUCUGUAUUGGCCUGUUGAGCUGGGCGGCCUUGAGCUGCGCAACCCUUUCAUCCCACUGAUGACUGCUCGUGAGGACUCUCAAGAGUUGCCCCAUGACCUUCUCGAGAUUGCUUGGGAGCGGGACGAGGAAGAGUACGACACCUACAAGCAAGCAUUCAAGACUACAGUCAAGCACCAAGUCGAUCCACCUCCAGGAUGUGACGCAGAAAAGUUCUUCUCCUUCGAAGACUUUGUUCGUUUCCGCGAGGAGACUUCUCAGUCUCUCAAGAUUGCUUACGAGGAUCUGUUGGAUUCGCCUACCAUCAAGGGCUUGGAGUCUACACGUUUCGUCGAGUAUGCUCUGAACACACUUCCGCUCGAGUUUCGCAAGUCGAAGCGCAUCAAGACCACCUUCUCGGCCAUGGACGUCUACUGGCGCUGGACCGUUCAUCUCUAUGCUGCCGAGGCCAUCGAGAGAUUUGGUGGACUGGGCGUGGGUGAGAAGGAGAUGUUACCAGUUGAGCUGGUCAACCUUCUGAGAAGUGAGAGGGUGCGCUGGCAGGGAUGA